AUGGCAAAGGCCAGCGCCCCCAGGUGCAAUGGUUCCCGAAAGCUGAACCUUUUGGUUCUACUGAACUGUCUGGGGUACACGCUGCCCAAUGACGCUGCUUCUCUUUACUACAGCUUCACUGUUGACAAGUCGGGGUCUGGACCGUGGAGGCACCAAGUCCAAGGCCAACUGAACAAAGAGAAUUUUAUUUACUGUGACAGUACCAACAACUGCCAUGCUAAUGGUGUUCUGGGGGACAGACUGAAAGCCACAAAGACCUGGGAACCACAGGUUGACACUCUGAAAGAUGGAGUUGACCUGUUCAAACAGCAAAUGGUUUACAUGAAGCAGGAGAACAAUACAAUCAGAGAGCCCCUCACUCUGCAGGCCAUGAUGUAUUGUGGGCAUGAAGUAGAUGGAAAGUUCAAUGGAUCCUGGGACUUUGACCUCAAUGGACACAAAAUGUUUCACGUUGACUCAAUCACUGGAAAGUGGACUGAAGUUGAACCUGGAUCCAGAUGGAUGAAAGAGAUGUGGGAGAAUAACAGGGAUGUAACCAACUUCUUAAAAAUGACCUCACAGGGGGACUGCAGGUCCUGGCUUGAGGAGAUCAAGUCACACUGGGAAGAAAAGCUGGAGCCUACAGCCUCGCCAAUUGCUACUCCAGAUAUGAAACGGGCUUCAUCCUUGGCCAUCAAUCCAAACACCUCUGUCCCGCUGAUAAUCCUCCCCUACACUGUUUUUCUGUGGUUUCUGAGGAGAAUCCGUGAUAAUGAAGGUCUGCAGCAGGGCCUGGGGCUGACUCUGGGACAUGGGGAAGAAGGGACGAAGACAGUAGAGACUCCAGGGAUGCAGAGUCCAGGAGUGAUGGAGGAGGGAACUGGAUGA